CAAACUGAACCCUGCAAGUCAGCUUCAGUUCGCUGCAUCUCUCCUGCAAGAAUUAAUAUAUCUUUCAGACUCCCAGAGAUUACACCUGAUCGAUCGAAUUGAUCGCGAUGACGACGAUGGCUAAGGUGAUCACUUCGGUUGUCAUUGCAGCCGUGGUAGCGCUUGCAAUGGUGUCGCUGGUCGCUGCGGACUCUGGCACUGCGACCUUCUACACGCCCCCUUACACUCCGUCGGCGUGCUACGGGUUCGAGGACCAGGGGACGAUGAUCGCGGCGGCGAGCGACGUGUUCUGGAACGGCGGGGCGGCGUGCGGGCAGCAGUACGUGGUGACGUGCACGGGCCCGACCAACCAGGGCGUGCCGCAGCCGUGCACCGGGCAGAGCGUCACCGUGAAGAUCGUCGACCACUGCCCCUCCGGCUGCGCGGGCACCAUCGACCUCUCGCAGGAGGCCUUCGCCAUCAUCGCCAACCCCGACGCCGGCAAGGUCUUCAUCGACUACCAACAGGUGUAAUAAUUCUACGGUUGAGGUGAUGAAGACCGCACGUGUGUCACUAUAUAUAAUAAAGUGCAUCUCCAAAUUAAAAUAAGGGCAAGCUAGCUUGGAUUGGAGCGAACUUGUGUGUUCCAUAAUUAUGGUUAAUUAAUUAAUUAGUACGUACCAAAAAUAACAGAUUGUAACUGGGAGAGAGUGAAAAAAUGUCUCUCCUGAUCUAUAAAGUUACCUUGUGGUUGAGAAAGAAACAUACUCCUUACCCAUACUAUGGAAGAAUUUGUCACGUGAUUGUGAA